GAAUAUCAUUGUUUUGGUUUAUCUAAUGAAGUUGUUGAAAUGUGGACAAGAAUUGCUGAUUUAUUUGAAAAAAAUGGAGCAAUAGUUUCAUCAGUUUCUUUGCCACAUACUCAGUAUUCUAUUGAAUAUCAUUGUUUUGGUUUAUCUAAUGAAGUUGUUGAAAUGUGGACAAGAAUUGCUGAUUUAUUUGAAAAAAAUGGAGCAAUAGUUUCAUCAGUUUCUUUGCCACAUACUCAGUAUUCUAUUGUUUGUUAUUCUAUUCUUAAUUCUUGUGAAGUUGCUUCAAAUUUUGCUAGAUAUGAUGGAAUUGAAUAUGGACACAAAGCCAAGAAUUAUGCUUCCAUGGCUGAUUCUUAUGCUGCUAGUAGACAUGAAGGUUUUAGUGAAGUAGUUCGUGGAAGAAUUCUUGCUGGUAAUUAUUUCUUAUUAAAAGAGUGAGUAUUAUUAUGAUUUUUUUAUAUAGAAAAAUAAUAGUAAACUGAUUUGUUUUAGAAAAAGGAUACA